AUGUCGCGGGGGUCGGUGCCAGCUGCGCUUUGCUUGGUAGUGAUGCUUGUUGGAUCCAGGCUUUGCCAGCAGCUGCGUGCCUUUGCUGGUCGGCCGCCAUGCCGUUUGACUCCGAGACCUCGGGCCCUGGCCACCCGUGCCAUGAAGUUCUCAAAAUUUGCGCAGUUCCUCGAAGAGGCAUCGCAGAUUUCUGGCCCCGGGUCGCGGCACAGGAGGAUACAGCGGAUUCUGACUCUUUUUGAAGCAGUCCGGAGCACCGAAGAGAUGAAGCUGGUGCUGAAGCUGAUGCUUUGCGAUCUGGAUAAAAUCAAUGUUGGACAUGCCCUGUUGUUGGCUGCCGCAGACGAAAUGGGCUUGAAGAGCACCAAGAAGCCUGCGGAGAAAUUAGCCCAAUGGCUCUCCAGGGGCGACGUGCCAGACGUCGGGGAAGGCUGGCAAAGGCUCUUGAAGAAAGAGGGGACGGCAGGCACAGUGGAAGACUGGAAUUUACAGCAGGUUUGGGAGGCACUUGAAAAGAUCAGUGAGAUCCAAAGUGAGGGUGCCGUGCAGAAGCGAACGCAGUUGGUUGGGAAGCUGGCAACCGGUUGUGGGCGGAAGGAGCCAGCCGGGGGCAAGUUCAUUUGCCGCAUCAUGUAUGGCAAGGGCUUGGGCAUCGGUGCAAACAAAAAGACCGUGGCGAAGGCCUUUGCAAAGCAGCGGUUGGUGCCCAAUGGCGAGCGCUUGCUGGAGAUGCUGGAAGUGAAUCCCGACAUCGACAGGGUUCUGGAGUCGCUCGAAGGCGAUUGCCAGGCCCUUGCCCAACUUUGGUCUCCAAUCACUCCAGCAUGUGCACAACCUUCCCGGAGCGUGGAGGAGGUGAUGCAGAAGAUUCACACGAAAGGGAAGUCAAUGAAUUGGCGGGCUGAAUGGAAGUAUGAUGGCGAACGCUUGCAAAUACACGCAGACAAGAAGAGCAAACAGGUUCGCCUAUUUUCAAGAAACCUCAACAACGUCACGGGCCGGUUUCCUCAAGUUUUGGAUGCGAUGAUCACCGACAAACACAAUUUCGAGAACAUCAUCUUGGAUGCCGAAGUUGUGGCCGUGGAUGGCGAUCGCAUCCUUCCAUUUCAGAUCUUGUCUCGGCGGCCACGUCAAGCCCAAGGAAGGACAAAACAACAGGAUGUCGCCGAUGUGGCAUUCUUUGUGUUCGAUUGCUUAUUUGUGGAUGGAGAAUCGAUCCUGCACCAGCCAUUGAAAGAGAGACGCUCGCGGGUGUGGAAGGUGCUGAGCAAAUCUGAUCAAAUCAGGAUUGCUGAGGGACAAGCUUUCACAGAUGCGAAGGAGCUUCAGGUUGCCUUGGGCAAAUCCAUCAGAGCUUCUACGGAGGGCCUCAUCCUCAAGAACUUGGAUUCUCCGUACGAGCCUGGAGUCCGCACAGCAGAGUGGUUGAAGCUGAAGAAGGACUAUCUCGACAGCAGCCUCAGUGAUUCCAUUGAUGCAGUGGCGGUGGGUGUGAGGAGAGGGAAUGGCCAGCGAAGCAGUGUCUACGGAUCAUUUCUUUUGGCAGUCAGGUCGAAAGGGAGUUCUGGCCACUGCAAGUUCCAAACAAUUUGUGCAGUUGGAACAGGUCUGACAAAUCAGGUUCUGAACGAUCUCUAUGAAUUAUGUCAACCUUUGGUGAGCGAUUCCGGAGUUGUGCCAGAUUUCUUGGAUGCAACGUCCGCUGGUUCGAAGGGGUGGAUGUGGAUCAAAGAUUUUUGGAAGGCACCAGUGAUGGAAAUCACCGCCGCCGAUUUGACAGAAUCUUCUGUCCAUUCCUGUGGUCUGGGGCACCUCGAGAACAGCACCGCCAUUGGUCUUCGCUUUCCUCGAGUGCUGCGCUUACGUCCAGACAAGGGCCCAGAGCAGGCGACAACGACUGAGCAGGUCGUGUCAAUGUACAACGACCAACCGCAGAUCAAGUCAGUGCGACGAAGCACCAAGGGCUCUGGAAAGCCCAAGGCUGAGCCCAUGACAAAGCGUUUCCGCUUCGAAGGGUGCGAAGGUGAGGCUGAUGCCGGUGGGUACUGUGUGGGCCGCGCCCACCGCCCAUCUGAAAGGACCUUCGUCAUGGAGGUCCUAGCGAGGUGGCCCGAGUUUCGGCCCUUCCACGUGCAUUCCCGGCGAGUCUUUCGCCACGGGCUCACGCUGCUUCAACGUGGAGGGCUUCUCACGAAGGAGAACCCAUGGGGCGCUUUCUGA